AUGGAUGUGCAUUUGAGCGAUGACGAAAAGUUGUUCUUAAUCAGUGGAUGUGAAGAAAAUUUGCGGAAUGAUGGAAGAGCAUGUUGUGAUUACCGCCAGAUUAUUCUCGAACGAGGUGUUCUCUCUGGAACCGAUGGAUCGUGUAGAGUGCAACUCGGGCACACAACCGAUGUUCUUGCCGGAAUUAAAUUGGAAUUGGAGCAGUAUGAUCCAUUGAAUGAAUCGAAGCCAAAACAGCCAAUAAAAUUUUUCGUGGAUUUUUCUGCGAAUGCCAGCUCACAGUUUGCAGGAAAAGGAGGCGACAGUUACGCAGAGGAAAUUGCGGCUGCUCUUCAAACUGCAUAUUCGGAAUCAUUGAGCAUUUUUCCGAAUUUGGAAAGGACUCAAAUUGUGGAUGGAUAUCGGUGGAAAAUUUAUGCCGAUGUGACAGUUUUGCAAUGGAAUGGAAGCGUUAUCGAUGCUAUUUCUCUUGCGGUUCUUGGAGCUCUCAGUGAUCUCAACAUUCCCGAGGUCGAUGUAGCUCCGGAUGAUGGCGGGAAAGUAUCAAUCGUCCUAAAGAGACCUCGAAAGGGAGGAAACGUUCGAGAUGAAGAAGUCCCAGUUGCCAUGUGGAAACUUGAUAUUUCUAGAUGUCCCAUUAUAAUCACCGUUUCAAAAAUUGGAUGUGCAAAUGUUGUUGAUAAUACACCGGAAGAAGAGACUUGUGUUCGAUCUCAACUCUGGAUUGGAGUUGUUGUUCCUUCCAAAUCGAUCGUAAAGGGGCCGAAUACUGAUUUCGAGAUCACUUGUGUCAAGCAGGUUGGCGGAGGACUCUUGGAAUCUGAAUCAAUAUCAGAUAUGAUCAAGUUGGCUAAAGCAUCAGCUCAGGGACUUCAUGAAGCUCUCCUCCAACGAAUUAAGACGGAGGAAUAUCGAAAGCCUGGACAUUCGUUCUUGUUAUAA